AUGGCUGACGAGCAGCAGGAGCUGCGGCAGCAGCAGCAGCUCGCCGAGGAGCAGCAGCAGCAGCAGCAGCAGCCGCUGCUGCAGCUACCGGAGCCCAUUCAGCAGCAGCAGCAGCAGCAGCAGCAGCAGCAGCAGCAGCAAACCUCCGAUGCCCUCAAGGCUGAGAGCUCUCCAUCUCGUCGGCAGCUGAGCACUCUAUCAACCCACAGCAGCAGCAGCAGCAGCAGCAGCAGCAGCAGCAGCAGCAGCAGCAGCAGCAGCAGCAGCAGCGGUCUGUCGUGGAUGGAGUUGUGUGGUUUUGUGUCUCGGCCUGGUAGGCGAAAGUACCUAAACAAUUUGCUGCUGCUGCAGCAGCAGCAGCAGCAGCAGCAGCAGCAGCGGCUGCUGCUGCUGCAGCAGGGACGCAUUGAUUAUACUGCUAUAAAGCCAUCUGAUUUGUUGUCUGGUGCUGCUGCUGCUGCUCUUGCUGCUGAGGAAAAGCAGCAGCAGCUCAAGGCUGUAUUCGAAAGCAGCAGCUGCUGCAGCAGCAGCAGCAGCAGCAGCAGCAGCAGCAGCAACAGGAAGCAGAAAGAAGAAGUUUAUGAUGAUGAGUUUUAUGUUACCGUCGAUGGAAAAAAGAAGCAUUUGGCUUUGCUGCCGGAUGAGGAGAUAUUUGGAGAGGAUAUCGUCAACGCAGAAGCUGCUGCUGCUGCUGCUGCUGCUGAGCCUGCAGCAGCAGCAGCAGCAGCAGCAGCAGCAGCAAAUGCACCAACCGCAACAGCAGCAGCAGCAGCAGCAGCAGCGACAGAUGCUGCAGCAGAUAGCGAUGAUGAAUUCGCAGACUGCGAGCUCGACAGACCAAUAGUGGCUGCAGAGCCUCAGCAGCAGCAGCAGCAGCAGCAGCAGCCACAGCAGCAGCAGCAAGAGCCACAGCAGCAGCAGCAGGAACCACAGCAGCAGCAGCAAGAGCCACAGCAGCAGCAGCAGCAGCAACUGCUGCUGCUGCAGCAGCGGCUGCAGUCUCCGAUUGGACGGUUCCGUAUAGACCUUGGGGGCCUGGGGAGCCAAGGCCACGCAGACACUGCAGCAGCAGCAGCAGCAGCAGCAGCAGCAGCAGCAUCACCAGCAGCAGCAGCAGCAGCAACAGCAGCAGCUGGAGAAACAGCAGCAGCAGCAACGCCAACAGCAGAUGCAACAGCAGCAGAAGCAGCAGCAGCAAAUGCUUCAUCGCAUCCACGCAGAAUACGAAGACGAGCAGCAGCAGCAGACACAGCAGCAGCAGCAACAGCAGCAGCAGCAGCAGCAGCAACAGCAGCAGCUGCAGCUGCGACUCCAACGUCUAGAGAGGGGGCAAGAGAUCAGGCUGCAGCAGCAGAAUCAGCAGCAGCAGCAACAGCAGCAGCAGCAACAGCAGCAGCUGCUGCUGCUGCUGCACCACGAUCGCCCGUCCUACCCGCAGCAGCAGCAGGCGCCUCAGCAGCAGCAGCAGAAACAGCAGCAGCAGCAGCAGCAGCAGCAGCACCAAUGGACCUUAUUAAGGUGAAGAGUAAUCCCUUCUCGCCAAAGAGCUCCAGGAAGCAGCAGCAGCAGCAGCAGCAGCAACAGCAGCAGCAGCAGCAGCAGCAGCAGCUGCCGCAGCCACUGGCGCUGCCGGAGCCACAGACUGUAAAAGGGGAUAGAGAGCAGCAGCAGCAGCAGCAGCAGCAGCAGCAGCAGCAGCAGCAGCAGCAGCAGCAGGAACAGCAGCAGCAUCAACAACAACGGCACCACAAACAGCAUGAACAAGAACAGCAACAGCAGCAGCAGCAGAAGCAGCAGCAGCGACAGCACCGACAGCAGCAGCAGCAGCAGCAGCAGCAGCAGCAGCAGCAGCAGCAGCAGCAGCAGCAAGAGGGAGAAGAAGAUGAUUUGCAGCAGCAUCACCAGCAGCAGCAGCAGGAGCAACAGCAGCAGCUGGAGAAACAGCAGCAGCAGCAACGCCAAUAG